AUAGCAUUGCUAUAAGUUAAUUAGCAAGGGAACGUUUCAGAAAAAUAUCGCCAUAUGGCCAUUAAGAUUGCAUUGGAAUGUUUGUUUUCAUUUUGCAUUGGUAACAAUUAUCAUCGAACUGAACCAGGUCAAGCUGCAAGUAUAAAAACAGUGAUCGUAGAGUACCACUAUCUGCAUGUCCAUGUAAAACGGUUUACAAUACAUUAGUACCGACAUUGAAAAAGUAAACUGGAUGAAACGGAAAUGGUGGUUAACAUCAUUUAAGCUUGAAAUAGCAGCAAUCAAUUUCGGGAAAACGUUCAAGAUAAUGAACAGUCAGAAGAAAGAUUUCAUUUAACAGCAAUGGAAAAUAUAACGGAAAAGAUUGAUGAAUUUUCUGCAGAUGCAAUGCUGUUCAAAAAUGCAUCGAUGUAUGUUACAUUUCAGAUAGGAUAUUACAUUCAUUUAGUGACACCGGGAGUCAUAUUAGCGUUUGGAAGUGCGGGAAACAUACUUUCAUUUCUUGUUAUGGUCCAAAAGAGGAACAUAUGCAGAACAACGUGUCUUUAUAUGGCCGCUUUAGCAGUAGCCGACAAUAUUACAUUAGUAUGUCUUGCGACAUAUUGGAUCGUCACCUGCUUCCAAACUGAUACAUCUGUCCACACAAAUACGAUUCUUUGCAAAGUGUUCGCGUAUAUUUCUCAGACUUGUUCAGAAUUUUCAAUUUUCGUACUUGGAGCGAUGACAAUUGAUCGGUAUGUAGCAAUACGUUUUCCAAUGCGAUCUACGACACUCUGCACUAUACAGCGGACCCGUGUUAUCUUAAUUAGCGGACUUUUAACACUGGGACUUUACAACAUUCCGAUACCAUGGAUGACAGGGGUGCAUAAUAGGAAUUUGUGUGCGGCCUUUUUCACCAAGAAUACCCAGACUGUUAUCUAUUCUUGGAUCUAUAUCUGUAUGUGUACGAUAAUACCAUUCUGUUCUCUGUUGACCUUCAACUAUCUCAUCAUAUCAGCAAUUCAUCGUCACAAGCGUGAACUAGCGGACCUUUCAGCAAAUAUGAUGGAACUUACUUCAAAGACGGACGGGGGAUCGAAAUAUUUCAGGAGAUCGCAUUUUUUAAGGAAAUCUCGUUUAAAAAACUCUCGCGAGAAUCAACUAACUGCGAUGCUUUUAUUUGUCACGUUUACCUUUCUUGCUUUGACACUACCGCAAUAUAUACGAUAUAUAGUCUACGCUGAUAUACAUUUCAAGGAAUCUGCAAAGGAAUACGCUCUUAAUACCUUAUUGUAUCAUAUAUCUAACAAACUUUGGUUUUCCAAUAGCGCUGUUAACUUCUACCUAUAUUGCUUAUGUGGAUCCAAAUUUAGAAGUGAUUUAAAAAAGCUAUUUCCUUGUUACACGGGUAAAACUGUGAGUGUUAUCUAUAGUCAAUCACAAACAAAUGCAAGUCUUUGAUUUAGAUAUACGUACAUUCCCCGAAAUAAGUUUGGUAACCAGAAGUUUCCUUCUGAAUCACGACAAAGCCUGUUUAUUUUUUGGCGAACAAAAUCAAUGAAUUUGUCAUUUCCGAAGUUACUACGAAUAAGGAACAAAGUUAAACAUCGAAAGGCGUUGAUGUGCUAUGGAAUGAAAAUUGCAAGUUGCCAAACCUAUGGAGGGGAGUGUAGUGUGUACCAUUCCGACAUUAAUUUAUUGCACAAAUAAAUAUACAUACAAUAUAUCUUUAGCUUUAGUUCACAUUGGUAGAUAUUAGGGAGUUUAAGCUUGCAUAUAAAAUCGAAACACCAAUAACGUAUACGUAGGACCAAUCGCCCAUACAAAUGCAUCGCUUUAUUUUUCGCAAAUACUCGCGUUUAGGUUGUGAGAAACAUUGCAAGCUUAAACUCCGUAUUAUCGAGUUCCACUCCUUCACGUGUCACUAAUCGACUUGGAAAAUGCAAUAGGGCAGGUACAUAAAGAUCUAGAACUUCAUCUUUGUCCAAAUGAGCAAUGUUGUUUGUAUUUUGUAGAAUUUUAUCAUAAAGACGGAUAAGCCGAAUUCCCUCAUUUUUCCUGAAUAAGGAAAUAAAAGAAUUGCAUGACUUAAAUCAAAAUCAAGAUGAACGUAAUUAAAACAUGAAAGUUGUUAAGUAGUCCCUUUAACAUUAUCCACUCAUAUAUAUUCAAUAUUUUAGGAAUUACUAGAUUGUGGUUAACCGUUCACAAUUAGGGCAGUCACUUAUGAAUGUUUCUUUGGUAGGACUUUUGAGAUCGCUGGCUUGAGGAUUCAACUCACUCAGCUGUUCAUUAUCUACCUCUACAAUAUCGCCUGAUUUGAAUAUAAAUCCAUAUGUCCGUUUUAAUAAUAGAGGGCGUGAGAGGACAUGUAUAAAGUAGCCAAAUCCUCCACCAAUCACAACGCUCAACGUCAGCCACACGUUAUACGUCAUCACUGCGAACAUCAUUGAGUAUCCAAUGAAAAUGUGUACCAAAUAUAAAAUCGUUUGGAAAAUAUGAUGCUUUAUUCGUGUAGAUUUCCUGGAAAGCAAAAGCAUAUCUUGACAAUAGUGUUUCCAACUAGGUGGUGUUUGAGACAAUGGAACCGUAUCACGUGUGCAACAUCAUUUAUCCAUUAGAUACUUCAUAUCAUAUGCCCGUUAUGAAUGAAAGAAUAUACUGGUAUCUAGAUCUAACAAUAGGAGAAAUACUCAAAAUAUUUUUGGAGUGAUAUUUUAUUGUGUUUGCUCCCAAUUACCCUUUGAAAGAUUAAAAAAUGAUUUGCAUCAAAUCAGGAAAUGUUAAAAAUUGGUUAAAUGAUCCAUGAACAGUUUCAUUUGCCCAUAUUU